AUGGGUGCCAUACUUAGCAAACCCUAUGAACAUGGGCUGACAGGGCUGCUGCUGGGUGAGCAAAUUAUCUCCGAAGUUCAGAAGGCCAUGAGGGAGCUCCAGGUGAAGGGUCUCACACGGCCCAGUUCCCCCAUCAAGGUCACUCCGUCCUCCUGUUCAUCAGAUAUGUGCAAGACGAUCGAGGGUGCAGUGGGCGUGCGGUGGCACUAUGUCAUGGGGGUCAUUGCGCCAUGCUGCUGCACCUGUGUGCCUGUGGCCCCAACUGCCAUGUUCUGCUGGGACGGUGCCAAUGAGGACGCUCCAGACACCAUUGCAAGAGCGGUGAAGCACCUGCAGCACAUCGCCCCUCAAGGUGUGAAGGUCCUGCCGGUGCAGACCGUUGAGUGGCUACAAGCCACGGUCAACCUCGGCCACAAAACCAUCGAGAUAAAGCCCUCGAAAACGGACUAUAUAUUCGUCACGGGGGUGGCGUGGGCCAAGUGCAAGGAGGACUUCGGUGCAAAGUUGUUCAAUGGGUGGAAGCUGAGUGUUAAGGAUGGCAUGAUGACGGCCGAUGCAUUGCAGUCCAUGCUGGGCUCAAUCAUUGCCCUGUAUGAAGUCAAGACUGAUGUCACCCUGAACAAGGGGUUGCCUGGUGUGCGCGUGCAGGCGCUGAUUGAGUACCUGGCAGUCAACCACAUGAAGGACUGGCCCAUGAAUGAUGUACCUGUCCUAUUUGGCGACCUCAAUAGACAUUAUGUGGUUCAUGCUGGCCGCAAGGAUGCAGGCCAGCCCCAGAGGUCUAUUCAUGUGGAGGCAGCACGGGAGAAUGAGUAUGCGCAGGCCUUGGGAGCACUAUUUAGGCUGCCCGAGGUGUACGAGGCCUUGGGGCUGACAAAGCCGCCCACCUGCUUUCAACCUGUGACCAAGGAGGAGUACCUUGCAGGCUUUCGACCCUAUGCACGAGGGGUUGAGCCUAUUUUAACAGCUUCUCUGAAGCUGACACCCUACCUGUUCCACACCAGCAUCAUGCUGUCAUCAUCACAGGGAAGCAUGUCAGGCACACUUGUUGUUUUGGCACGUCGCGCCAGCAGCUCCCUGACCACCAUGUCGAACCCCUUGGCAGCCGCAAGGGGUGCGCCAUGCACCCGCACGGGGGCUCACUGCUGGCUGCUGCUGGUAAACUCGUACGCUACCGAGCAUUCAACCGAGCAUGCUACGAGCAGUCCUUGUAAGGAGCAGCAUAUCACCCAAAACGCUGGUGUCGGUAUCGGCUGUUCCAAAAAGCUGUUCCAAGCCAUCAUGGCCUCGGUGCGGGGAGCACGGCUGGAGCCGGCGCGGCGGCAGGGCCAGGCCCCGGGAGCACUGCAGCUGACGCCCAUCGAGCGUGCCUACAACAACUCGGCUGUUUGCUUCUACGAGGACCCGGCAGACAAGAAGCUCAAGCUACACAUCCUGUGGGACGAGCUCAAGUCACAGAAGCUCGCCGACUGCCAGUGGCUGGGAGGGCCCAAGGGCAAGGGCUAUGCUGAGUUGACCAAUGCAUUCGGCGACACAACAUACGGCGACCUGGAGGCGCGGCCCCUACAAUACUACAGCAGCACGGUGGUCCCCUUUCGCCGCAUGCUCAGCACCCAUGCGCAGCUGAGCCUCGACCGGGCACAGCGGGACGGCAAGAUGGCCGGGAGCUGGACCUUCCAGGACUAUCACUCCAUAGAAAACGUCCUCACCUGGCUUCAAACUGCAGAGCUGCAGGAGCCGCCCAUCGCAGGCAGCAUGUCGGAGUUGUCGGAGGUCAUGAGCAUGAGCAGUGCUCCCGCUGCACUGUAGGCAUUGUCGUAGGAGCUUGCCAUUCUCUUGCUGCAGUCGCAGCCGAGCUGGGUGGCAAACUCUCCGUGCAGCACAGCCUCAUGGUGCGGUGCUUGCUGGCCGCCAUGCAGGACGUGGCAGGAGGCUGGCUGGCAGCGGCAACGUGCAGCCGCCAGCAGCGACUGCUGCGCACAGAGCUGUAUGACUAGGCUGUGGCGGCGGGGCGGUAGCUGCAGCCGCGCGCGGAAGCGCGUGGCGGCGCUGCUGGUGGUGCUUGGUGUGCGGGCCUGGUGGCAGGGUGGCUAGGCACCGCUGAGGGUGGAACGUGGUUGCUUACCAAGGCCGUGCGGCGCCUGCACCUAUAAGG